AAAUUAAUUUUGAAUGUUUUUCUUUUUUUCCGGCAUCGUUGAUCGUUGUUGAAGUUUGAUGAUAAAAUUCGUCUCGCCGAUAUAAUUUGUAUUAUUCAUAUAAUUCAAGUAAAAAUUAUAAUUGAUAAAUUUUAAAAUGGCUAAACCGAAGAGUGAAAUGACCCCAGAAGAGCUGGCCAAGAUGGAAGAGGAGGAGUUCCAGACAGGACCUCUUUUACUAUUAACGGAGUCGGUACGUGGAAACACGCAAGUUUUAAUACAAUGCCGUAAUAAUAGAAAGCUGCUAGCAAGAGUUAAAGCUUUUGAUCGUCAUUUCAAUAUGGUAUUGGAAAACGUCAAGGAGAUGUACGUAGAAAAACCUAGAACUGGGAAAGGCAAAAAGAAAGCGAAACCUGUGAAUGUGGAUCGUUUCAUUUCCAAAAUGUUUCUUCGAGGAGAUUCCGUAAUAUUAAUCAUUAAAAAUCCAUUAUUACAUUGCAGUAAUUAAUAAGAAUAAUGUUUGUGUAUGUAUUUUAUCUAGCUGUCGAUAUGCAACCAAUUUGAUCUUACUUUAUCCCUAGAAACAUCUCGGACCUUUUUCUGAACAGCAUCUUUAUUUUCUGUUUUGAUCACGUCAGAAUAAUAGACCUUUCACUUAAAUGAUGAAAAAUAUGUCUCUUGUACCAGUGAUGAUUAUAUACUGGGAGAAAAUACUGUAUUUGUUAUUCAUUAAACAUGUAGAUGAAUGUGAACGAUUGUGUUCAAAUCAUGAGCAGAUCGUGUUUCGCAUUACGUAUGUAUUAUGCAUGUUUGUUUUGGAAAAAUAUCUUUAUGUAAAAAGUACUUCAUUCUGUAUUUUAAUUUUUGUAUAAUAAAUUUUUCAAAAAUCUUUUCA